AUUAGCCCCACUCUCUUUUUUUUCCUAUUUUUAUAAUGCUAUUUUUUGGUUUAAUUUUAUUACAAAAAAUGUUGUCUAAAGUCUAAAGUCUAGGCAAAAAAUAAGAUACUACUAUUACUCACUCCUUUCUUCUAAUAAAUUGAAGCAGCGACUUUACUUCUCUCUCUCUCUUUCUCUCUGACUCUGAAAAAGAUGAAGUGGAGAAGUUAAUGUUCACCAACUUAAUACUGCAAACUCUGAAUCUUUCUUCCUUCUUCUUUGCCUUCUUUCAAGUGCUUCGUCUCGCAUUCUCCUUCUUCCCUCUGUGGCUUUGUUCUUUUCAACUAAAAAAGAUUGAAGUUGGAAGUACCUGAGGAGCUGUCUCAGAUCUGGUUCUAAAGCGAGAGAAAGAGACUUUGAGUUGAGGAAAAAUGAGUAAAGAAGAGUUCAUGAAGAUCCAGACUUGUGUUCUUAAAGUGAACAUACACUGUGAUGGCUGUAAGCAGAAAGUCAAGAAAAUCUUGCAGAAAAUCGAAGGUGUUUUCACGACCAAGAUUGACUCAGAACAAGGGAAAGUGACUGUCUCUGGGAGCGUAGAUCCUUCAGUUCUCAUCAAGAAGCUCGCCAAAUCUGGUAAACAUGCUGAAAUCUGGGGAGCUCCAAAGGGUAACAACAAUCCAAAUCAGUCCCAAAUGGCCAAUCAGUUUAAAGGAAUGCAGAUUGACAAUGGAAAAGGCGCUGGCGGUGGCGGCGGCGGAAACAAUAACAACAACAAGAAAGGCCAGAAAAGCGGAGGAGGCGGCGGUGGAGGUAACAGUAAUGCGCCAAAGAUGGGUCAGCAACUGAAUCCCCAACAUAUGCAGCAGCUUCAGAAGAUGAAAGGGUUUCAAGAUCUGAAGCUUCCUCCUCAGUUAAAAGGCUCUGUUCCUGUCAACAAGAACCAAAACCAGAAAGGAGUGAAGUUUGAUGUUCCUGAGGAUGAUGAUGAUGAUGAUUUUAGUGACGAAUUCGAUGAUGAGUUUACUGAUGAUGAUGACGACGAGUUUGAUGAUGAGUUUGAUGAUCUCCCUCUUCCGUCUAAUAAGAUGAAGCCCAACAUGACGAUGAUGCCUAAUGCUCAACAGAUGAUGAUGAACGCUCAAAAGAACGCCAAUCUUGGCGGUGGCCCUGCUAAAAACGGCGGUAAAGGCGCUCCCGCUGGUGGUGGCGGCGGUGGCAAAGGUGGUCCUGGUGGUGGUGGGAAUCAAAACCAAGGUGGAGGCAAGAACACUGGUGGUGGACAUCCACCAGAUGGUAAAAACGGCGGUGGUCCAAACGCCGGAAAGAAGGGUAACGGCGGAGGUGGGCCCAUGGCUGGAGGACUUCCGGGUGGUUUCCGACCCAUGGGAGGCGGAGGACCACCGAACAUGAGCAUGCCUAUGGGUAUGGGUGGUCAAAUGGGGAAUAUGCCGGCGGUACAGGGGUUACCAGCGACCGGUCCAGGCGGUGCACCACCGGGUUAUUUCCAAGGGGCCGGGCCAGAUCCGAUGCAAAUGCAGCAACAGCAAUAUUUAGCAGCGGUUAUGAACCAGCAACGAGCUAUGGGGAACGAGCGGUUCCAACCAAUGAUGUACGCACGGCCACCACCGGCAGUUAACUAUAUGCCGCCACAUCCGCACCAAUAUCCGAAUCCUCAUCCGUACCCGUAUCCAUAUCCUCCACCUUACGGGAAUGAUCAAUACUCUCAUGCCUUUAGCGACGAGAACACAUCAAGCUGUGAUAUUAUGUGAGAUAGUUAAAAAAUCUUAAAUAAAACUUCAAUAGUUUGUGUGUAUUUGAAUCCUAAGUUGGGUUUUUUUUUUUCUUCGAUGGAUCAAAAUGCCAAGUUGUUUUAGGGUUUUUUCCUCACUUUGUGAUAGCAUCGGUAAUUUAAUAGAAUAAUAUAAAAUCUGAAAAGAGUGUAGUAUUA